GACGUCUCAGGCUGAGAAUGGGCGUGUGAAAAACGCGCUGUUAAGAUCGAGCAAGAUCACGUGUAGCUUUCUUAUACUCGAUCCACGAAGAUGUCGACGAGCGCAGACGACUACGACAAGCUUACAAAGGAGGAGAGAGUGGCCCGCGACAAGGCUGACAGGGAGCGGGAAGCGCAGGAACAGGCUGCUUUGCCCUACAGAUGGAAACAGCAAUUGGAGGAAGUAGACAUCGUUGUUCCUGUACCAGCAGGUACACGAGGCAAAGAUCUCAAUGUGGUACUUGGAAGGAAGAAAUUGAGCGUUGGGCUCAAGGGCAAAGAGCCUAUCAUGAGUGGUGAACUUUGUCAGGAGAUCAAGGUCGAGGAGAGCACUUGGACGCUGGAGGAUCGGAAGGAAGUCCAUAUCCAUCUUGAGAAGAUUAACAAGCAGCAGUGGUGGGCGAACGUUUUGACCCAUCAUCCCAAAAUUGAUACAACCAAGAUCGAGCCGGAAAAUAGCAAGCUCAGUGACCUCGAUGGUGAGACAAGGAAUGGUUGAGAAGAUGAUGGUAAGCUGACGCCACACAUGCUUUGUGAAUGAUUCGCUGAACUUGCGAUUUGUUCAAUAGUUCGACAAUCAGCAGAAGGUAAAAACAAAUCAUCUCACUUCACUUUAGUUAGUUUCUUACUGACGUUUCCGCCAGCAAAUGGGCAAGCCAACGUCUGAUGAACUCAAGAAGAUGGAGGUACGUGACGUCAUUUGAGACGAAGCUUGCGGUAUAUAUUCAAUGCCCAUCUGCACAGGCUAUAAAGAAAUUCCAAGCUGCACACCCCGAACUUGACUUCUCUCAAGCCAAAAUCUCAUAAACCGAACCAAGCCGUUAUGAAGAAGUUCUGAAAUACUGUAUCGAUAAUGUACUCAUAGUUCGCUGAUGUAGCACACGGUAUCGGAUCCUUUUAACAAUUCGAGAAUGACAUCAUGAUCAUAGUUUUCUCCGUUUGCCCAUUCCUGGCUGAUCAGCAGCAGCACU